CCUCGCUGGUAUCCCCGGCUUCCCCCAAAUCCGUAGUGAGCGCCCUGUUCCUGUUUUCAGCCUCCAGCGUGCUGCUUUUUAUCUAUAUCCAGCCGUUCGGAUGGCUCGGGAUUUUGCUGGAAAGACAAACUACCACAUAUGCAAUUAAAUGAGAACUCCCCCAGUGUAGUACGGUAAGCUGGUAGGCCUCGGUGUCGUGAAGAGCUUGAAGUCAGUGAAGCAAGAGGCUUGGCUGACGGUGGGAAGGGGUGUGCAAACUGAAAACGCCAGGUCUUCUGCCUUUUCUGAAAGGCAAAAGCUUCCCCACGUUCAUGCUUCAAAGCCAGAGUGUUUGAUGAAAGCCCUGAAGUCUCAUAGUCAUUCUCAGGCUGCUGUGCCAAGAUUUCCUAAAUUUGCUUUCAUGUCUUUCCUUGUGCAAUGAUUUGAAAGCGAUACAGAACUGUAAGGGCUUACCGGACUCUUUCUUAAAACUGUAUCGAGAGCUCAGAAAUAUUUGAGGGAGAUUCUAAAUACGGAGAUGUGUACAGAUUUAAAUCUUGGUCUAAAGAGGUGAUUAAACCCUUGUUUUAAAGUGAGGUAACAUCGGGGUAAUGAAACUGCUGAAUCUGAAGCACAGGUACAGAAGAGCACGAGCGCCUCGCUGGGCAAGCGUCUGGUGUCUGUGGAAGUUGGGGAGGGCAAAAGGCUGUGGAUGAUAGUGAAUCUUGUGACUUUGGGGACCUGGAGGAAGACAACCAGAGAUGAACCGAAGAAUCAUGAGGCUACAUCCCAGCUGCGUGCAAGCAAGUGCAGGAGAGGUGCAGGAAGGCGUAUGGGUAUGAUAAUGGCUGGACAAGCAAUAAUCCACAUCAAGUACUUAAACCAGUGAUGCUUUCUGACCUGCAGGGUGCAACAGGCAACCAACCAAAUUGUGAUGAACUGUGCUGACAUCGACAUUAUUACAGCUUCCUAUGCGCCAGAAGGAGACGAAGUCUGUUUUUCUGUUUCAGAGGUACAUGCCACAGGGUUCAACUAUCAAAAUGAGGAUGAAAAGGUUACUCUCUCCUUUCCCAGUACUCUUCAGAAAGGGACAGGGACGCUAAAGAUAGACUUUGUAGGGGAGCUGAAUGAUAAAAUGAAAGGUUUUUACCGAAGUAAAUAUACCACCCCUACUGGAGACACACGCUAUGCUGCUGUCACGCAGUUUGAGGCUACUGAUGCUCGCAGAGCUUUCCCUUGCUGGGAUGAGCCUGCUAUUAAGGCGACAUUUGAUAUUUCUUUGGUGGUUCCUAAAGACAGAGUAGCUUUGUCAAAUAUGAAUGUCAUUGACCGGAAGCCGUACCCAGAUGAUGAAAAUCUGGUGGAAGUGAAGUUUGCUCGCACCCCUGUAAUGUCGACGUAUCUUGUAGCAUUUGUGGUGGGAGAAUAUGACUUCGUAGAGGCCAGGUCCCUUGACGGCGUCUUAGUGCGUGUUUACACUCCUGUUGGCAAAGCGGAACAAGGAAAGUUUGCAUUAGAGGUUGCUGCUAAAACUCUGCCUUUUUAUAAGGACUACUUCAAUGUUCCUUACCCUCUUCCUAAAAUUGAUCUCAUAGCUAUUGCAGACUUUGCUGCUGGUGCCAUGGAGAACUGGGGCCUUGUUACUUAUAGGGAGACUGCAUUGCUCAUUGACCCCAAAAAUUCCUGUUCUUCAUCUCGCCAGUGGGUUGCUCUGGUUGUGGGACAUGAACUCGCUCAUCAGUGGUUUGGAAACCUUGUGACCAUGGAAUGGUGGACCCAUCUCUGGCUGAAUGAAGGAUUUGCCUCCUGGAUUGAGUACCUAUGCGUAGAUCACUGUUUCCCAGAGUACGAUAUCUGGACUCAGUUUGUUUCUGCUGAUUACACACGAGCUCAAGAGCUUGAUGCUUUAGACAACAGUCACCCUAUUGAAGUUAGUGUUGGCCAUCCAUCCGAAGUAGAUGAAAUAUUCGAUGCUAUUUCCUACAGCAAGGGAGCAUCUGUAAUCCGAAUGCUACAUGACUACAUUGGUGACGAGGACUUCCGGAAAGGAAUGAAUUUAUAUUUAACGAAGUUCCAGCAGAAGAAUGCCGCUACAGAGGACCUCUGGGAAAGCCUGGAAAAAGCUAGUGGUAAACCUAUUGCUGCUGUGAUGAACACAUGGACCAAACAGAUGGGAUUUCCGCUCAUUUAUGUGGAAGCUGAACAGCAAGAAGAUGACAAAGUGUUGAAGUUAGUCCAGAAGAAAUUCUGUGCCAGUGGACCAUAUACUGGGGAGGAUUUCCCCAUGUGGAUGGUCCCCAUAAGUAUUUGUACGAGUGACGACCCCACCUGUGCCAAAAUGCAAAUACUGAUGGACAAACCAGAGCUCACCUUGGUUUUGAAAGAUGUCAAACCAGACCAGUGGGUGAAGUUAAACCUUGGAACAGUAGGGUUUUACCGUACUCAGUAUAGCCUUGACAUGCUGGAGAGUUUAAUACCAGCGAUCAAAGACCUCUCCCUACCCCCUGUGGACAGGCUUGGCCUGCAGAAUGAUCUUUUCUCUCUGGCCCGAGCUGGAAUCAUUAGCACUGUAGAGGUUCUAAAAGUCAUGGAAGCUUUUGUGAAUGAGCCCAAUUAUACUGUGUGGAGCGACCUCAGCUGUAACCUGGGGAUCCUCUCAACUCUCUUGUCCCACACAGACUUCUAUGAGGAAAUCCAGGUGUUCGUGAAAGAUGUCUUUUCACCAAUAGGGGAGAGACUGGGAUGGGACCCCAAACCUGGAGAGGGUCAUCUAGAUGCCCUUCUGAGAGGUCUGGUCUUGGGCAAACUAGGAAAAGCUGGGCACAAGGCAACAUUAGAAGAAGCCCGACGCCGAUUUAAGGACCAUGUGGAAGGAAAACAUGUGCUGUCAGCUGAUCUGAGGAGUCCUGUAUAUGUAACUAUUUUGAAGCAUGGAGAUAGUACUACUUUAGACACUAUGCUGAAGCUUCACAAGCAAGCAGACAUGCAGGAGGAGAAGAACAGAAUUGAACGAGUUCUUGGAGCCAUCUCUCAACCAGAACUGAUUCAAAAAGUUCUCACCUUUGCACUUUCAGAAGAGGUACGUCCCCAGGACACGGUAUCUGUUAUCGGUGGAGUAGCUGGAGGCAGCAAGCAGGGAAGGAAAGCUGCUUGGAAAUUUGUAAGGGACAAUUGGGAGGAACUUUAUAAUCGAUACCAAGGUGGAUUCUUAAUAUCCAGACUAAUAAAGCUAACAGUGGAUGGAUUUGCAAAUGAUAAAAUGGCUGCAGAAGUUAAGGCCUUCUUUGAGAGCCACCCAGCUCCAUCGGCAGAACGCACUGUCCAGCAGUGCUGUGAAAAUAUUCUGCUGAAUGCAGCUUGGCUGAAGCGAGACGCCGAGAACAUCCACCAAUAUUUUCUGCAGCGCAAGGCCCCACCAGCCAUGGUGUGAAUCUGUGCAUGCCACUGCUGCAGUCCUGCUGCCGCCUCAUGGGGAGAGGGAGGAGCUACCCAACAGCUGAUUCAUAUGCCAAGAAUUUGGAGUCUUUUUCUCAAACCAAUGGGGAUUGGACAAUGAAUGUAGUUAACUGGUUCCUGCUCACACUCCAGAUUGAAAUUCUAUUAAAAUUAUCAGCAAUUCAGCAAAAAAAAAAAAAGAGAGAGAAAAAUCUGUAAAUAUGAUA